AUGUGCCUGAGCCUCCCACACUCCCAGAAGCAGUGGAACACUGUCUCCCUCUCCCCACAGAAGGGACAGCCCUCCCCCACAGCCCUGUUCACCCUACACACAAAGGCAUUGACUGCCACUGCCCCAUGCAGCAGCCUCCACUGCAGUUCCCCCUCAGAGGUGGAGUUAGCAGCAGAGGUGGAGUUAGCAGCAGAGGAGGAGUUAGCAGCAGAGGUGGAGUUAGCAGCUGAGGAGGAGUUAGCAGCAGAGGUGGAGUUAGCAGCUGAGGUGGAGUUAGCAGCAGAGGAGGAGUUAGCAGCAGAGGAGGAGUUAGCAGCAGAGGUGGAGUUAGCAGCUGAGAAGGAGUUAGCAGCAGAGGAGGAGUUAGCAGCUGAGGAGGAGUUAGCAGCAGAGGUGGAGUUAGCAGCAGAGGUGGAGUUAGCAGCUGAGGAGGAGUUAGCAGCUGAGAAGGAGUUAGCAGCAGAGGAGGAGUUAGCAGCUGAGGAGGAGUUAGCAGCAGAGAGGAUUAGCAGCAGAGGUGGAGUUAGCAGCAGAGGAGGAGUUAGCAGCAGAGGAGGAGUGUUAGCAGCAGAGGUGGAGUUAGCAGCAGAGGUGGAGUUAGCAGCAGAGGUGGAGUUAGCAGCAGAGGUGGAGUUAGCAGCAGAGGUGGAGUUAGCAGCAGAGGUGGAGUUAGCAGCAGAGGUGGAGUUAGCAGCGGAGGUGGAGUUAGCAGCAGAGGAGGAGUUAGCAGCAGAGGAGGAGUUAGCAGCAGAGGAGGAGUUAGCAGCUGAGGAGGAGUUAGCAGCAGAGGUGGAGUUAGCAGCAGAGGUGGAGUUAGCAGCAGAGGAGGAGUUAGCAGCAGAGGUGGAGUUAGCAGCUGAGAAGGAGUUAGCAGCAGAGGAGGAGUUAGCAGCAGAGGAGGAGUUAGCAGCUGAGGAGGAGUUAGCAGCUGAGGUGGAGUUAGCAGCUGAGGAGGAGUUAGCAGCUGAGGUGGAGUUAGCAGCAGAGGAGGAGUUAGCAGCUGAGGAGGAGUUAGCAGCAGAGGUGGAGUUAGCAGCAGAGGUGGAGUUAGCAGCAGAGGUGGAGUUAGCAGCAGAGGUGGAGUUAGCAGCGGAGGUGGAGUUAGCAGCAGAGGUGGAGUUAGCAGCAGAGGAGGAGUUAGCAGCAGAGGUGGAGUUAGCAGCAGAGGUGGAGUUAGCAGCAGAGGUGGAGUUAGCAGCAGAGGUGGAGUUAGCAGCAGAGGUGGAGUUAGCAGCAGAGGUGGAGUUAGCAGCGGAGGUGGAGUUAGCAGCUGAGGAGGAGUUAGCAGCAGAGGAGGAGUUAGCAGCUGAGGAGGAGUUAGCAGCAGAGGAGGAGUUAGCAGCUGAGGAGGAGUUAGCAGCAGAGGUGGAGUUAGCAGCAGAGGUGGAGUUAGCAGCAGAGGUGGAGUUAGCAGCAGCAGCAGAGUUAGCAGCAGAGGUGGAGUUAGCAGCAGAGGUGGAGUUAGCAGCAGAGGAGGAGUUAGCAGCAGAGGAGGAGUUAGCAGCAGAGGUGGAGUUAGCAGCAGAGGUGGAGUUAGCAGCAGAGGUGGAGUUAGCAGCAGAGGUGGAGUUAGCAGCAGAGGUGGAGUUAGCAGCAGAGGUGGAGUUAGCAGCAGAGGUGGAGUUAGCAGCAGAGGUGGAGUUAGCAGCAGAGGAGGAGUUAGCAGCAGAGGAGGAGUUAGCAGCAGAGGUGGAGUUAGCAGCAGAGGAGGAGUUAGCAGCAGAGGUGGAGUUAGCAGCAGAGGUGGAGUUAGCAGCAGAGGUGGAGUUAGCAGCAGAGGUGGGUGGAGUUAGGAGUUAG